UCCUAGAGGAGCACUAGUAACCGGAACACUGUUCCAAACUAAAAUCCUCAAUAUUGUGAGAAGUUCAUUUGGAAUGCAGUGAGAUGGGCGUCCUGGUAAAUAUUCCAAGCAACAUUUUGCCUCCUCUUCCCUCUGGCCGCGGCCGGUGUGCGGUUUCUGCAAAUCUUGGGUCCGCAACUCCACCUAUAAAUUUGCCAGAUGGGGUCUCGCGCUCUUCCUUUGAGCUUCCAUCUGGGCUUCGAAUGGAGGUUCUCUCUUGUCCACCCUCUUCUUCUUCUCCGGCAACCCAAAGCAAAAUUGCUCCAGUAGUUUUUGUUCACGGGAGCUACCAUGCUGCGUGGUGCUGGGCUGUGCAUUGGCUCCCCCAUUUCUCUCAAGCUGGGCACCAUUGUUUCGCAUUGAGUCUUCUCGGCCAGGGAGAGAGUGAUCCGCCAGCUGAUCGAGUGCCACAGACUUUGGAGCUUCAUGCAAGCGAUGUUGCAAACUUCAUCGAGAGCAAGCUUCAUGGCAUUCCUCCAGUGCUCGUAGGGCAUUCAUUCGGAGGAUUGAUCGUGCAAUAUUAUCUUCAUUGUCUUGAGAGAUACCCGAUGCUAGCUUCCGCUGUUCUAGCAUGCUCGGUUCCUCCAACAGGGAAUACUGCUGUGGUGAUGCGUUUCUUGAAGUCCAAGCCUCUUGCUUCCAUAAAAGUUACUUGGAGCUUGGCUGCGAAAGGCUUUGCGAGGUCUCUUCCACUUUGCAGAGAAACAUUCUUCUCGCCGGACAUAAACCAUUCAGAGCUUGCAAGAUACCAGGCUUUGAUGAGGAACAGCUCCACUGUUCCUCUCUUUGACCUCCGCAAACUAAAUGCAUCACUGCCGAUCGGCCCGCCAUCUCCGUCGUCACCACCUGUUCUUGUCAUUGGCUCCGAGAACGACUUCAUCCUGGACGAGCAAGCAGUGCGCGAGACAGGGGCCUUCUUCAAUGCCAAAGAGCACAUCAUCUCAAGCAUUGCUCACGACAUAAUGCUGGACACGCAGUGGAGAAAAGCAGCCGAUGUUGUUCUAGACUGGCUCAGACAUGGAAACAUUCAAGGCUGAAGAGACCAAGAAAAAAAAGCGAAGAAAAGUUUGUCAUGCCAAUGCCAAAGGCAAUAAAAUUUUGUUCGUUCUUGAUUGAUUGA